AUGGCCGCCCAUCUGCACUCUUCACUUGACAGCGGGCAAUUACCUGGAGCCGCUGCCGCAGUCCACCAUCCGCCACACGCCAUACGCCAUCCGCCAUCCGCCAUCCGCUUCACCCACCGCCAGCCCGCCACGCUCGCACGCCCAACGACCGCCAUCGCCAUGCCCGCCGCCAUGCAGGCCCGUCGCCCGAUGCCUCGCAUUGUGCCUGCCAUCCCGCAUCGCCUGUCGCGCGCGCCGCCUGCUACAAGGCCCCUCACGCCCGAGGAGUCUAACAAGGGCGCUGUUGCUCAGCAAGAACCGCAGGCAGAGCCACCGACGGCCGAGGAAGAAGAGCAGCCGAACGCGCCUUCCGAGGACCAUCGAGCGCCUGCUCACGAUGCGCCAUGGACGCCAGACUCCAAGGCAUCGGGAACUGGCAAGCAGGCCCAGCCAAAGGCCCUCGCCCUGGCUUCUUCUCCGCCGGCCUCUCCCCCUGUUGGUGUGGUGGACGAAGUCGAGGCCGAGCACGCCCCAGGUAUGUUCUCGUACCACAAGUUACGCCACGAUGCUGGCCGAAUCACUGUGCGCAAGCUCAUACGCCAAACUGAAGAGACCCAAGUCAAUGGCCAAGUCAAGACCAAUGGACACACCGAUGACUCUCCAGUCGCGCCCAUGGACAACUCCCAGCCGCUCAGUGACCAGACUCGACGCAGAUUAGCGGUGCCCGCCCAGCUCCCACCGCCUUUCUACCCUUCCAACAGGUCGGGCACACACACUCCGCCUGAUAGCCGGGAGGCACAAAUGCAGUUCCACCAGCAUCAGCUCAGCGCCGGAGCUGUUGAGUUCCGCAGCGCCAACGACUCGCCCAUUAUGCCAGCAUCUCCCAAGGGCCUGAAGCAGCCGAUGGAUCUACAGCACGCUGCAUUUCCCCCACUAGCCCCCAGGUUUACUCCUCAGCCAUAUGCGCCUUUCUUCCCCGGACACUCUCACCAUCCUUCCGAGGUUGGUGCGCCUUGGCUUCCGGCCCCCGCAGCGCCGCCGCGCCCUGUUUUCGAAAGCGGUGUAGAGUAUGCGAGCCCUUACAACGGCCAAUUCCCAGAAGACACUGCGUUCCGCAUCAACGGAGUUGCCGCCUCGCAUCCUCAGUCACCCGGCAAAACUCACUUCAACGAUGUGAAGCCUGGGUCCGACCAUGGAGAGGAUCCUCAUGCACUUGCAUUUCAAAACGGCACUGCAGCACCAGUGUCUCCUCUUGAGGAAUCAGCCUUCGAGCUUGCAGCUUACCUUUCCACUCAAUUUGGAAAUCCAGAAUUUGCCGAUUUCGUUCUGCAAUUUCGGUCGCCAGAUUCUGCUCUUGUCUCCGCACCUGUUCACGGUAUUGUCGUUAGGCGAAGCCCAACCAUCGCAGAAGCUAUCCGCCACAGCCCAGCUCCCAGCCACCGUUCUCGCGACGCGCGGCGGUUGAUUGAUGUGCUGGUAUCUGAUCCCUUCGUCACGCGCGACUCGCUUGAAGAGGCUGUCAAGGUCUUGUACGGAGCGCCACUGAUUACGGCACAAAAUUUCUUGUUUGGCCUUGCUCCGUACAUGUAUGAGAGCGACCAAGCUGGCCCAUCGAGUGAUGCUCGACGACGUAUCCAGGAGAUUUUGAGCUACAAGGCUGCUGCCCGAACACUGCAGAUGCCUAGCAUGCAAGCUCGGGGUGUUGACAUUGCACGUAUGCUCCUGCGAUGGGACACUGUUGACCUCGUACUACAAUACGUUUUGCAAGCUGGGCCGAGUCCUCGGUCUCGGGUUGAAGGGCCCGAUGCUGAAGACCCUUUCAUCACCGCGCUGCUCAACUCUGCCAUUGACUUCAUGGCCUAUACUUUCCCAGUCGACUUCCAAUUGUAUACCAUUGCGCCAGAACUCCGCGAUCUCCCACGCCUACCAGCUUUUAUUGAGGCUCGGACGACUUCGCAUAACCCGCGCUUAAGCAAGAUUCGAUUCGGAGAUGCGCCUCCCGAGCAUGAUGUCCAACCGCGUCACGCCACAAGUGUGCUCUCGUCGGUCCUUCUUUCACUGCCCCUUCCUCUUGUAGAUCGUCUACUGAAUCAUCGGGCGACGGCGAAUCAGCUUGGCUGGACUGGCGUUGUUGCCCUCAUGCGGGACGUUGUCAAUGAGCGUGAGAGCCGGCGUCAAAAGGCUGUACAAAACCAGUCAAAGACGGCUGCUCAUGGGCCAGUUCCCAAGGCUUUGUUGAAGAACAUGUAUAUUGAGGAGCAUGUGGAGCAGGUUGAUCCGUCGCCUCUCCAUCCUUCAGGCUACAAGUUGGUUGCAAAGCGUUUGCAUAGUGAAGUCUGA